CAUGGCGGCCGGGGAUCCCCUGCACGACCUCUGCGAGGAAGCCUCUUGCUCCAUCUGUCUGGACUUCUUCAGGGACCCCGUCAUGAUCGUUGAGUGCGGCCACAACUUCUGCCGAGCCUGCCUGACCCGCAGCUGGGGUGAGCGGUCGGGGGCCGCGGAACCUUCCUGCCCCCAGUGCAGAGGAAGGGUUCAGCCCAACAGCCUCCGCCCCAACCAGCAGCUGGCCAGCUUUGUGGAAAUAGCCAAGAGAGUCGCUCUGCAAGAGGUCGGUGCGAAGGGGGGAGUCCGUGAGGAGGAGGAGGAAGCCUCCCUCUGCGUGGUCAGUGGUCCUGCCCGAGAGGAAAAAAUGAAACAAAUCCUGUGUCUUGGUUUUGGGCAUCAGGCAGCAGUGGCAGCUGGAAAAGGAAGAGUUUGCCAGAAGCACCAGGAGCCCCUGAAGCUCUUCUGCAAGGACGAUGUAGCCCUCAUCUGUGUGGUCUGUGACCGAUCCAAGGAGCACAGAGAUCACAAAGUCCUUCCUCUUGAGGAGGCCUCCCAAGAGUACAAGGAUCAGUUCUGCAACUGUCUGGAGAUUCUGAAGAAGGAGAGAGAGAGAAUUGUGGCGUAUAAAGGAGACGCAGAGAAGGAGAGCCAAGACCUGCUCAAACAAACCCAAGGAGAGAAGCAAGAGGCAGUAGCAAAGUUCAGGCAACUGCACGUGUUUCUGGAGGAACAAGAGAAGCUUUUGCUGGCCCAGAUGGAAGAGGUGGAGAUGGAGGUGGUGAAGAAAAGGGACCAGCACCUGGCCGAUCUCUCUGAGGCCCUCUCCUCUCUGGAAAGCCUCAUCCAGGAGAUGGAGAUGAAGUGUCAGCAGCCAGCCAGUGAUCUCCUGCAGGAUGCCAGAAGCACCUUGCAGAAGUAUGAAAUAUGGGAGUUAUUUGAGAAUCCAGCAGCUUUACCUCUUGUACUGAAGUGGGACAUCUGGGACUUCUCAUGUUUAAAUACCCUUUUGGAGGGCAUCAAGAAGCAAUUUAAAGACACUCUGGGUUUUAGACUUCACCUGCAGAAAGCAAAUGUGACUCUGGAUCCAGACACGGCCCAUCCACGACUCAUCCUGUCUGAGGAUCAGAAAAGUGUGCAAGCAGGAUUAAAAACUCAGGCUCUGCCCCACAAUCCUGAGAGAUUUGACCGGGAGUAUAUUGUGCUGGGCCGUGAGGGAUUCACAGGAGGCUGCCAUUCCUGGGAAGUCCUUGUAAGAAGUGAGGAAGCAUGGGCUGUGGGUGUGGCCAGAAAAUCUGUCAGGAGGAAGGGAACCUUCAUCUUGAAUCCUGACGAAGGGAUCUGGAAAGCAGGGAAGUGGGGGGGCAGCUACAAGGUUUCUGUAACAGGCCAUGGCUGUUACAGACUGUUGACUGUGACUGGGGAGCUCAAGAGGAUCCGAGUGUGCCUGAACUAUACUGGGGGUCGAGUGUCCUUUUUUGAUGCUGACCGAGCAGCCCUUCUCUACGAGUUCUCUGGAGCCUCCUUCCAUGGAGAGACCCUCCUGCCCUUAUUUUGGGUGCGUGGAAAAGGCCACCUCAAAAUCUCUUCCUAAGACCUUU